AGAGUUACUUUUUAUUUAUGUGUGGGUGCCUGUCUGUCUGUUCCUGCAUUAUGUGGUUGCAGUGCCCACAGAGGCCAGAAAAGGGUGUAAGAUCCUUUGGAACUGGAAUUACAGGAAAUUGUGAACCCCCAGACAUGGGUGCCGGGAAUUGAAUUCAGGUCAUCUGCGAGAAGCGGCAAGUUCUCUUAAAUGCUGAGCGCUCUCUCUAGCCCCAAGAGUAUAACCAAACUCAUCCAAAAACCUAACAAAUAGGUGAUCGAUGAGAAUGGCAUUUGCAAGAGUUGGUGACUGAGAGAGAGCUAAAGGGAGACAGAAACAAGCUGUUCCCCGCAGAGCAGGCAUGCUGUUCUUAGAAGAGCAAGUUUUCCAGCCACCUAAAAGUUUAUGGGAAAGCUCCUAGGCUACGAUUAAACAUCUCCCACAAAAAAAAAAAAAAAGGAAUCACACUAAGAUAAUUUUCCAGGGUCUUCAAGUGUCCUGGCAAUAAAACCCUUAAGACAAACUGCCCCGAUGGACAGAGACUCACCAAAGACAUUCAAAACUACACAGCUAACUUGGUGUCUGGUCCACCCAUUCCUUCCUUUUGAGCACGGCUCGAGUGAGCUUGCGAAGCUCAGACACCUGAUCCUGAAACUUCGUAGUCCAACACCCGUAAAGGUAACAGGCCGGAUUACCAACGUAGGGGGCAAAGUCCUAGUCACCUGGGUUUAGUGGGGAAGUAAGGACUCAACUAGAUUGCGGGUGCCAUUCCACACCCUUCAGCAGUUCUGCUUAACGACCCAGCGCCCUCAGGUGGAUCACUCUGUCCCCGUCGCUGGCUGGUGUUGGCAGAAUGACCCUGACAGCGCCGCAGGGCCCUCGAGGAGGUGUUCUGGCUCGGGAACCACGCUCCUCCCACACUCAGACGCUCCGGAACCGCGAGGCAGUUCUUUCUCGGGCCCUCAAAUUCAUCGGGCUUCGGGACCUCACUCCACGAUCCGGCCACACGGUAAGGGGCAUCUGAAGGUCGCCGGCCAUGAGCGGCCCGUUGCGAUCCGGCCCGAGCAGCUGGCGCCGGGCGGCCACCGUGAUGCUGGCCGCGAGCUGGACCCGCCCGUGCCCCGCCGCCUCUGCGUCCGCCGAAGGCUUCCGGCUGCUGUUCCUCCAGCGCUCGCAUAAACAGCGCUUCCUGCCGGGCGCGCACGUCUUCCCGGGCGGCGAGCUGGACGCGGCCGACAGCUCGGCCGACUGGCUGCGCCUCUUCGCGCCUCGGCACACGCCGCCGCGGUUCGGCCUAGGCCCGGCGCCGCCUUCGCGGCACCCCUUUCCGGGGCUGUUCCAGGGCGACGCGGACGGCGCGGCGCUGCCUGAUGACGUGGCGGUGCGCAUCUGUGCCAUCCGUGAGACCUUCGAGGAGGCUGGGGUGCUGCUGCUGCGGCCGCGGAGCUCGGCGCCGGCUCCUCGGGAGCCGGGCCUCGCGCUGCCCCCUCCUCCGGGUCUCGCCGACUGGCGCUCGCGCGUGCGCAGUGACCCGCGCUGUUUCAUGCAGCUGUGCGAGCAUCUGGACUGCACGCCGGACAUCUGGGCGUUGCACGACUGGGGCGGCUGGCUCACGCCGUACGGGCGCAGCAGCCACCGCUUCGACACCACUUUCCUCCUGUGCCUCCUGCGAGAGACCCCGCGCGUGGAUAUCGACCUGGCCGAGAUGGUGGGUUACAAGUGGGCAUCCCCGACCGAGGCAACCGAACAGUUACAAACACAGAAAAUGUUGCUGGCGCCCCCUCAGUUCUAUGAAGUGAGAAGACUUGAAAACUUUGUUUCUUUCUCCGAUCUGUGCAGAUUUUGUUCAGAUUGCCUGCCGGAAGGAGCUGAGAAGUGGCUGCCGAUCAUGCUCUCCACAGCUGACGGCUCCAUCAACCUUCUCCCGGGAGAUGAGCUGUAUGUGAAAGACUCAGACUUCUUAGAGAAGAGUAUGUCUACUGACAAAAAGACUGAAGAGAUUUUGAAGGAAGGCAAGGUGGUUAACCGAGUUGUGUUUCAUGGUCUCCAAUGCUGUGAAAUCCACGUGAAUCUUCCAUCCACGAAUAAGCACCUGUACCCCAAGACCUACAUCAUGGAUAAGAGCCAUGCUGCACGCUUGUAAGGUGUUCUGCUUAUGGACUGCUAUAAGGAGGAGUGGCUGAACUUGUCUACAAUCUAAGGAAUACUAAAUGCACAAUGAGCUGUUUCUUGUGUCAUGUGCAUUGUGGGAGCAUCUGCCAUUCUUCAAAUGGCACAGCACGCCACAAGUAUAAAAUAUAUGAAGUAUUAAAGAUCUUGUUACCAAGCAAAA